AUGUCUAAUAAAAAUCUCCUUGGUCUUCUUGAGAAUGCUGCCAGAAAUGGCGCAGGCCAUGCCAAAGGUGUCCUGGUAUAUCACUCCAGCAAAGAAGGAGACAUUACCUUUUUGGGUUAUGAGAGGCUGCUACUGCUGGCUAGACAGCUAUCGAAGCAUCUCCGGCGGCUGGCGGAUGUCGAGAAUAAAGUGGUGUUGAUGUAUUUCGCAGAUCACUUGGAAAGUAUUACCUGGUUUUGGGCAAUUACGGCAGCUGGAGGUGUGCCAUGUGUUUGCCCGCCGCUUGCAAAGGAUUUUGAACCCCGGCGGGGAGUCGUUAAAUAUCUGAAAGGGCUGUUGAAUGAUCCUCUUGUUCUUACAAGUGAGGCUCUCAGUUCGGAAUUCGAUGGCCUGAAUAUCAGUUAUCUGUUAGUAGUCGAUAAAAUUGAGUCCUUGAAGUGUAAAGACAAAUAUGAAUCCUCCAUUGACGAUAACCUCGAUAAAUCUUUACCAACUCUAGCAGCUCUCAUGGUAACUUCCGGAAGCACCGGGAAUCCGAAAGCUGUUUCUUUACGGCACGACCAGAUCAUCGCUGCCGUUAAUAACAAGAGCACUCAACACAAUACUGGCCAGGAUGAUGUUUUUUUGAAUUGGAUUGGACUGGACCAUGUUGCCAACCUGACAGAUAUGCACCUGCAUGCCAUAAGUAUAGGAGCACAACAGAUACAUAUUGCCAGCAGAGACCUUCUCGCGAAUCCCUUAUGGCUUCUGGAACUGAUUGGUAAGCAUGGAGUCAGUAUGACAUUCGCACCAAACUUCUUUCUUUCCAUGCUAGUGCGUAGUUUACAAACUUUGGAGAAUGAGAACUCAAAAAAGGGACCGCCGGUAUUCAAUCUCUCUUCUCUUCGGGGACUUCUCUCUGGUGGCGAGGCCAAUGUUGUUGAAUCAUGUGAAAUUCUUUCACUUAAGUUGAGUUCAUAUGGCGCACCAAAAUCUGUUAUCCGUCCCGGCUUUGGUAUGACAGAGACAUGUGCGGGCUGUAUUCAUAACGUUGUUGAUUGCCCGUGUUAUGAUGUGACACAGGGGGAGGAGUUUUGUACACUUGGUGACGCCAAUCCUGGGGUAAAGAUGAGAAUCUCUCGCUAUGAUGGAACUAUAGCAGAAAAGAAUGAGGUAGGACUACUGGAGGUGUCGGGUCCUGUUGUAUUCCGUGAAUAUUACAAUAAUCCAGAGGCUACAAAUGCAGCCUUUACAUCGGAUGGAUGGUUCAAGACUGGAGAUGUUGGAUUACUAGAUUCAAAAGGAAGGUUGAGGUUAACUGGCCGGAACAAAGAUAUGGUUGUAAUCAAUGGUAACAAUUACUCGUCUGAAAGUAUAGAAGCUGCCGUCCAAAAUGUCGGUAUUCCUGGAAUUACCCCUUCCUUCAUUGCCGUCUGGGCGUAUCGGCCGAAGAACUCACCCACUGAGACGCCUUGUGUCGCCUACCUUCCGACUCAUCCGAUGCAGGAUACCCAUGCUCGCAUAAACACAGCUACCGCAAUAUCGAAAGCUGUAGUGAAAUACUGUGGCGCUCGACCUUUUAAAAUCAUCGGAUUACCAGGGACCUUGCUUCAAAAAUCUUCCUUGGGUAAACUUUCCCGAUCAAAAAUCCGUCUUGCGUGGGAAGACGGCCUAUAUAAUGAAUAUGAAUACGGGGACACAGUCAUUAUGGAAAACUCUCGGAAGGCUAUGGAAGAGAAUGCAGAGACCAAGACUCAGAAACUUUUGCUCCAGGUCUUUCACGAUCUUCUGACCGCGGAAUCGAGUCAACUGGGAAUCAACAUCCGCCUUGAAAGCGAACUGUUUGAAAUCGGAAUUACCUCAAUCGAUUUAUUAAAGCUACAACGUGUUAUCCAAAACUCGAUGCACAUGGUUAUACCAAUGACAAUAUUUUUUGCGCAUCCUAUCAUUCGUGAUCUGGCCCUGGCAUUGGAUGCACUAAAGGAGGAAAGCAAGAAGGAUAGCAACGAAAAGAAAAAAGAUUACAACCCCCUAAGUGUCCUCCAACCAAACGGAACUAAGACACCACUCUUCCUAAUCCAUCCCGGGAUCGGAGAUGUAUUGAUUUUUCUAAACCUUGCGCGGUUAAUCGAUGAUCGACCAGUCUAUGCUCUUCGUGCGAGAGGAUUCGAUGGAGAGGAGUACUUCUCAUCCAUUGACGAAAUAGUCAGCAGCUACUAUGCUGCAAUCAAGCGCGUACAGCCUAGCGGACCGUACGCUAUAGCUGGCUAUUCCUUUGGCGGAAGCUUAGCCUUCGAGAUCGCCAAGGCGAUACAAGCACAAAAUGACACAGUACAGUUUUUGGGAGUUAUCGAUCAACCACCGCACUUUAAGGAGUGGGCACAGACUUGUGAUUGGUAUAGUGCCGUGUUAGCUAUCGCAAUGUUUAUGGGUCUUAUCAAAGAAGAAUACAUAAUCACCGUUUCGGAGUAUAUCCGUCGAAAAUCACACGAAGAAGUGCUCGAUGUUCUCCUCGAGCAGGCCGACCCUGCUCAAGUGGCAGAAGUGGGAAUGACUAGUCAAAAACUUGAUAAUUGGGCCAAAUUGGUCUAUCAACUCAAGGUUAUUGGGAUGGAUUAUGACCCCGUAGGUAAUGUAACGAAUAUGGAUGUGUUUCAUACGACAGUCAACGAUGAGCGAUGGGGUUGGCCGUACGAUCAUAUAGAGCGAUGGAAAGAGUUCGUGGGAAGUCUUAAGUUUCAUGCUGUCAAGGGAACCCAUCUCACCGUGAUGACCCCUCCAAAUGUGCUUAAUUUCCGAAAUUUGAUCAAGGAAGCAUUGACGGGGCGUGGACUGUAG